AUGCGCCUUCUCAGCAUCGCCGUCGCCGCCCUCGGCCUGCUGAGGGUUGGCGAGGCCAGUCGGUGCAAGCCCGACACGACCGGUUUAAGCACCAAUGCGGCCACUCCCACAUCUACUCCCUACGCGCCCCCUGUGAUCGGCAACCCCAACUUCGCUGUUGACCUGGAGGAGUACGAGAUCGAAGGAAAGGCCCAGUGGGUUGAGGACGGUCAGGACGGCGCCGGCGAUGGUGCUUGUCAACUCGAGGACGGAGAGGAGGAUGAGAGUGCUCUCGAGAAGCGCCAGUCCAGCGGCGGCUCAUCCAUCAGCACCAUUGUCAGGCGUCUCACUCCCCGUACUACGUACACGAUCAAGUUCUACUACUACGUCCGCGUUGCUCGACCUGCCAACAGCUGCCGACUCCAGGCCUCCUUCAACGGCAACAACUUCGCAACCUCGGAGCGAUUCGGCUCGGCGGGCUCAUCCUGGGUUCCGCUUUCUGGCACCAUUAACCCCACCUCAUCCAGCGGAGUUUUGAAGAUCAGCCUUACCUGCCAGUUCCGAGGCUACGUCAGUGUGUACGUCGAUAGUCUCACUGUGACUCGCGGCACUCUUGUUACCAGCUCUUCUUCGACCAUCGCCAGCUCCACUUCCAGCUCAGUUGUCUCCAGCGCUGUCUCCUCGACUGAGUCUGCCGGUGUCUCUUCAACUGAGUCUACGGAUGUCUCAUCCUCCCUGUCCACCGAUGUCUCAUCUUCUCAGUCCACAGAUGUCUCAGCCUCGCAGUCCGCCGCUUCCGCUUCCUCCACCGCCAGUGCUGAGACCACUCCUGGGGCCUCGAGCUCCGAUGUUUCCAGCACUUCCGGAGCCUCAAGCUCAGAUGCUUCCAGCACUUCUGGUGCCUCGACUGAUGCUUCUAGCACCCCCGGUGCUUCAUCCUCGGACGCGUCUAGCACUCUUGGUGCCACAAGCUCCGAUGCCUCCAGCUCGAUUGACACCUCGAGCACUCCCGGUGCCUCGAGCUCUGACGCUUCUAGCACCCCCGGAGCGUCGAGCUCAGCUGAUGUCUCCAGUACUCCGGGAGCCUCAAGUUCCGAUGUUUCCAGCACUCCCGGAGCCUCAACUGAUGCCUCCAGCACUUCUGGUGCCUCGACUGACGCUUCUAGCACUCCUGGAGCCUCAAGCUCCGAUGUCUCCACCACCCCUGGGGCAUCCAGCUCUGCUGAUGCUACUAGCACCCCUAGUGCUUCAAGCUCCGAUGCUUCAAGCUCCUACGCCUCCACCACUCCCGGCGCCUCAAGCUCGACUGAUGUUUCCAGCACCCCUGGUGCCUCAACCGCUUCUGAUUCCCCCAGCUCUGACGCCUCGACGACUCCUGGCAGCACUGCCGGUACCUCUUCCGGCACCGCUUCAAGCGACAGUGCUAGCAACACCCCUAGCACCACUCCGGGUGCCUCUUCCAGCGACAGUUCGUCCAGUGUCACUGCCAACAACACUCCUACCACUACUCCUGGCACCACUUCCAGCAGCUCAUCUAGUGUCACUGUGAACAACACCCCCAGCACUACUCCUGGAACCGCCUCCAGCAGCUCAUCCGGUCCCGCUUCAAGCGACAGUGCUAGCACCACUCCUGGAACCACCUCCAGCAGCUCGUCCAGCGUCACUGUCAACACUCCUACCACCACUCCUGGUACGUCCAGCACCUCUGCCAGCGACAGUUCGUCCAGUGUCACUAUCAACAACACACCCACCACCACCACCCCCGGCACCACUUCCAGCAGCUCCGCCAGCCUCAGUGCGAACAACACCCCUACCACCACCCCUGGAACCACCUCCAGCAGCAUUGCGAGCACUACUCCCAGCAGCACCUCCAGCAGCACCACCUCCAGCCUUCCCUCCGCCACCAUCGACAGCACCAUCCUCAUCAUCGCCCGCGACGACUCCACCGCCGCCAUCGGAAGCCUCGGCCUCCUGGCCUACGGCAUUCCGUACGAGUACCUCAUCGUUCCCCAGGCCGGCGUGGAGCUGCCUGUGCUGAACUCCAGCCGCACUGCUGGAAACUACGGCGGCAUAGUCGUCUUGGACUCCGUCUCGUACGACUACGGCUCUACCGGCUGGCGCAGCGCUCUCGACGAUGCCCAGUGGACUGUUAUCCAUGCGUACCAGGCUGACUUCAGCGUCCGUAUGGUCCGCAUCAACGACUACCCUGGCGUUAACUCCGGUACCGUUCCCGUUGCCGGCGGAUGCUGUGACGCGGGCAACGAGCAGAGCGUCUUCUUCUCCGACGUCAGCGACUUCCCUACUGCCAACAUCAAGGCUAAAGCCGAGGUCGGCACCACCGGUCUCUACCACGUCCCUGCAACCAUCACGGAUGAUUCAACCACCAAGGCCGUCGCCAAGUUUGGCACUGCUGUUGGCUUCGAUUCGGAGACUGUGGCUGCUGUUAUCAACAACUUCAACGGCCGCGAGCAGUUCGUUUGGUUUAUGAGCUGGGCCCCCGCUUGGUCAUUGACCUCUGCUUUCCUCGAGCACUCGCACAUCCACUGGAUGACCCGCGGCCUCUUCCUCGGCAAACGCAAGAUCCACCUGGGCGUUCAGAUUGACGACGUGCAGCUGUCUACUGAGCCUUACUUCCCCGCCGGCCUCGAAGACGUCAAGAUCACCACCGACGAUCUCGAGGCUCACAUCCUGUGGCAGAAUGACCUUGCUGGCCGUCUCCCUGCCGGCUCCGAGUUCUGGCUCGAGCUGGGACACAACGGCAACGGUGAUCUCAUUGACGCUACGGCCGUCGAAGGUGCCGAGGAUAUUUGCAACCCUCCUGAGGCUGUUGACUACGAGUACCUUCCCGACCCCCCUCAUGAGUGGCUCAAGCCCAUCGGAUCCGGCGAGGACCAGUGGCCUGCCUCAUUCGCCGAGUACUCUUGGACCGAGGAAUGUGCAGCUCUGGAUGACUUUGCCGCUUGGUUUAUGGUCCCUGAGAACCGCGAUCAGUUCGGUCACAUUUCCCACACCUUUACCCAUCUUAACCUGAACAACGCCACUUACAAGGAUACCGCUCGUGAGAUCCGGUUCAACCAGGCGUGGAUGAAGCAGCUGGGCAUUGACCAGGGCAUCCGCUACUCUCCCAACGGCAUCAUCCCUCCCCAGAUCACUGGUCUGUUCAACGGCGAUGCCCUCAAGGCCUGGUUGGAUAACGACAUCCUCUAUGUUGUCGGCGACAACACUCGCCCCCAGACCCGAUACACUGACAACCCCUACUGGCCUCUAAUCACCACGACCGAGGCCAACGGGUACGACGGUGUUGUUGUUAUCCCCAGAUUCGCCACCCGCAUCUACUACAACUGCCACACGCCUGCGUGUAACCUCGAGGAGUGGAUUGUCACCUCUGCCGGCACUGGCGAUUUCUAUAACCUCUUGAAGGUUGAGAAGGAGUCGGUCAUCCGCAACCUUCUGAUGCUCCAGUCCGAUCCCUACAUGUUCCACCAGGCCAACAUGUACAUGAAUGAGGAGCCUUUGACCAUUGGAGACCAGACCGGCAGCAUGUCCCUUGUGCGGGCCUGGACUGAGACUGUUGUUCAGCAGCUCAUGGCUCUGACCAACUGGCCCAUCAAGAGUAUCACCCAGGACGACAUGGCUCAUUACUUCCUUGACCGCAAGACUGUGGAUCUCUGCAACCCCAAGCUGUCCUACGCCUUCACCGAGGACGGCACAUCCAUCAAGUCUGUGACCGUCACCGCCGACGGUAACACUUGCGGCAAGCCUAUUCCCGUGACCAUUCCCUCCGGGUCUGCUUCUGCCUCCGGAGGAUCGGUUUCUUCGGAUGUGGUCGGAACUGAGCCCCCGAUCCAGUGGGUGACGCUCAGCGGCGAGCCCGUCACCCUGACGCUCAGCACGCCUGUUGCGUUUUAA